AUGGCGCCGCGCCGGCGGAUGAUUUCCUCUCCGGUUACUGGCCAGUCAUCUCCCAACAACUCACCCUCCCAGUUGGCCUCAACCCCUAUUUGCUACGCCCGUGCGAAGCCUCCUCCAGCCAUCUCGCUCAGUUCCUCCAACAUUUUGCCGCUCAGCAACUUUCCCAAUAAAAUGCAAGCUCAAGAGAGACGUUUUGUGGAACAACCGCCCUCAAGCAAGCCAAAGCAACCUUGCCAGCCCGAACAUGCGUGCGACGAUGAACCGGGCCCUUCCAGGGAUUUUCGGCGUGCUAAAAAACCCGUCUACGACGAGAAGGCUGUACCUGUGGAUUAUCCGCUGAAAGCGAGCGCGAAGGCUCUUGAGGAUUACUCUUAUGCACAGAAUCUUCACAGCCUAACAACGAUGUUUUCGCGCCCUAAAAUUGGACGCGUGGAUCACAGUGCUGCAGCUGACACGCUGGUUGAGGAACCUCCCCGUUCAGCCCACCCACCGUCCCCUAUCUCGUCGAAACCACUUCCCAGGGAUACGUUUAAUGCACCGCCACCAACCCGUCCACAGUCAUCUGGCUCAUCGUCCCAAUCUCUUCGAACUAUUGCAGAGCGCACUCGGGCAUUUGCCCAAGCUCGAGGAGAGAACAUUGCAAGAACGAAUGAUGUGGCAUUCCAACUUGGCGCGACGAUCCUUCAGAGCUUCGAGCUCGUACAAAUGCUCAUCGACCUUCAAAAAAAACGAAAAUAUAUCGACGAAGGGAUGGUCGAGCUUACCGCGACGCUCGAGGAGGAGUUCCGAAGCCACCCGAAAGCCGAACAACUCAAUUCAAUGCUCGACGCUUUCCUCCAUCAUCAGACAAUGGGCGCCAUCGUAAACCCCCAAGUUCCUCCCUUGACCGAGGCCAACCACAUCACCACUCCUCAAUCAACGCGGCUGUCUGUUGGUCAGCUGCGGCGGUUAGGCUUCGCGUACAGCACAAAUCCCACCUCAAUCGCCAAGCACGUUCAAGAGAUGUGGUCAUACGCUUGA